GAACGAAGGUGGGUACUUCGUCAUUAGCCAAAUAGCUAUGUUGGGUAUAUUACCGUUAGUGACUAUACUGGUUUGUGGUGCCCAGGCGUUGCCGGGAAAUGUGGAGAAUGCUUUGGCAUAUGGACAAGUUGCUGACCGUCAUUUCAAUGUAGAAGAAAGAUUGUUAAGAGAUGGCUACUAUUCUGAAUCGCACACCGUAACAACAAGUGAUGGAUAUAUGCUGGAAAUAAAUAGGAUUCCAUUCCGCCGUCAUGAAACUGUAGAUAAUGCCACGAAGACUUCCAAGCCCGUUGUGUUUAUGUUGCAUGGACUUCAAGGCUCCUCGAUUUCCUACGUUACUUUAGGACCAGGCCGCGCUUUAGCUUACAUUCUGGCGGAUGAAGGCUACGAUGUUUGGAUGGGCAACGCAAGAGGCGUCCUCAACUCGCGUAGACACGUUACUUUGGACCCCAAUGUGGACGUAGAAGAAUUCUUCGAUAUCACCUUUGAAGAUAUCGGUAUGAAGGACCUGCCUGCAAUAAUCGAUUACAUUUUGGAAUUAACUGGAAAAUCAAAGCUUCAUUACAUUGGACACUCACAAGGAGGCACUGCUUUCCUCGUGCUCAACUCGAUGCUCCCCGAAUACAACCAAAAGAUUGCAUCAGCCAAUUUGCUAGCUGGUGUCGGUUAUCAAGAAAACUUCCCCAACAGAGUAUUAAGCUUGCUCGCCAUUAGCACCAAUCCUAUUUACACUUAUGCCUUAAGACAAGGUAUCAUAGAAAUAUUGGGACCUGACUGGAACAGCUUUCUUAAUGACGCGGAAUGUAAUGACGAUAAUUUUGAAACUUGCAGUCUUUUAAUAAUAAAGGAAAUUAUGGGUGAUUUGUUCAAUACAUUGGAAACAUUAGCUGGUGCCUCAAUCAAACAAUACGCUCACUAUGGACAGAAUAUUCGUUCAAAAUCGUUCAGAAGAUGGUAUUACAGUCCUAUUACAAACCUGAUCAAAUAUGGAUCUCUCAAUCCUCCUGAAUAUCAAAUAAGUGCGAUCACAGUCGAUGUAACCAUGCACUACACAGUUAAUGACUCAUUGUUAGAUGAACAAGAUGUUAUUGAUAUGGCUAAAGUUAUGCCAAACACACGCACUCGUAAAGUAGCGCGUGAAACUUACUCCCAUACUGAUUUCGUCGUUGCACCUGAUUCCAAGGAGUUAGUGUACGAUUACAUUGUUGAAUCUUUAAAUAAAUAUGAACUUUAAGUCAAAUUUAAAACAAAAAAAUACUGUUGAUAACAAUUUUUGUG